AGCACCACACAGUUCCUGUGUCGAAUAAUUUUGGUGUGACUCGAAAACCUCGUCUUGUGAAAACAAGACUGGCUUCAGUGCUCAGCUUAACCAGAACCCAUUUGUUACUGUUGUCCAAAACAAAACCAUGCAUGUCAGUUCAGCAGGCUGUGUUGACUAUAGAGUCAAGUGUUUUUCAACCGCCUUGGAAAUAACAGCGUAGGCUAGUAGGCGAAGGUAUCAUUUUGCUUAAACAUCUGUGUUCUUCAUCUAUUCUUCAACACAGGUGGAGAGUUGUGGAAGCUUUAAGGCGGUGAGAAUAGAAUGACGGUUCAUAAACAAUAUUGCUUCAUCUGCAGCCUAUAUUUGUCCAGUCAGUCUACGCGCUUUAAAUCCCUUUGUAGUAUCUGACUGACUAGCACGCUCAUGAUUUGUGCGCGAAUGCCGUUUGCCUGCAAAAUUUUCGCGUUAAUAUUUCCAUUCGUCCAUGGCGUGAUUCCCCUUUCUUUUCACCCCCUUCAUACUCUUCCCCCUCUCUGUCCUAUUUGAUAAGCAAGAGCUGGGAGGAGCUGUCGUCUCUAGUGCGGUCGGUCCCCCCCUCCUCCUUUUUCUUCACCUCAGUCAUUUUCAGUGAGGGGGAGAAUGAAAAAUAAAGGAGAGGGGUCUGCCUUGUACACGAGCGGAAAGGCGUCAUUUUCGAUCAGAAAAGCAAGACUGGUCGCAUAGGCUACAGUGCUUAGGCACCGAGAUAGCGGAGAUUUUUGUGAACCUGAAGAGGAAGGGGGGGGUCUAUUCUUUCAAAAUCGAUGUAAAUAGGCGCCCGAAUCCAUUUCCAUCUCUCAACCUGCAUCUCUAAACGCCCGGGAUGGAGAGAGGCUAUGUCGCGCAUGUACGUCGAACAACAACCUGAAUGGCUCGCUUUCUCAGCAUCUUGAAUGUGGCGUUGUUUAUCCGCGUCUGUCAUUGAAUCCAGCGCGUAAUCUUUUCGUGAGAAAUGGGUGUUUGGCACGGACAGAGCGCCUGACGAAGACACAACUGGACUCGUUUUUUCUCCCUCUCUGCUGGGGAUCCAGGGACAUAGCUCUACGGAUUCUCCAGUGUGUAGCCCCUGUUUUUUGCCGCACAGCGUAAGCAAGACUAUGCGGCUCUGCGUUCAGAUGAUAAUAAUGUAAUGGAGAUUGGUGUAGCCAGGCACACACGAAAGAUACAAUGCGUGAUAACUUGGAUAUUUCCGGCUGCUAGGUGGACGACAACGAGCGAGGAAACGAUAGAGAGCAUCUCCUGGAUCGCAAAAUGAACAUCUAGAUACACCCCAAAACAGGCGAUGGGAUGAAAAUGCGACGUCACAGGGUGUUCUUGCUUUGCACAGUGGGCCUGUGCGUCAUCUCCUUCCUGCACUACUACAAGGCGCUGCACUACGUCUCGCUGCUGCGCGAGCUCUCGGCGCCCUACCCCAACAUCAAGUCCUUCAUCAUGGUCACCGGCUUCUUCUGGAAGGAGAGGGCUACGCCGCUGGCCAGCGCCGUGCCUGAGGCGGGCCCGCCGCCGGCGUCGCUCCUCCGUCCCUCGGACACCAGGCCCCCGGCAGCCAUGGGCAUGGAGGAGGACGAGGAGGAGGAGGAGGAGGAGGACAUGGUGGUGGGUGGAGGAGGACUCCUCGCGGGCCUGGGUACGAGGGCCGGGGUGGCCUUAGAUGCAGGAGGGGGCGGUGCUGGCAGAGGCAGAGGGGGCGGCGGUGGGGGUCUGGGCCUGGGGCUGGUGGUUAUGGAGGCUGGGGAGGACCCGGGGAUGCCCAGGCCCUGGGUGAGACCGGAGGAGCCCCCGCAUAGGGAUCCGGAAGCCACUCAGGUGCAAAAUGAGCGGCAGAAGGUGACCCCGUGGCACCCCAACCCCCCAUCAGCCCGCCACUAUCCAGAGAACCGCGGAGAGGAGGAGGGGGUGCCGCCCCAGGUGGUGGUGGAGGUGGAGGAGGAGGAGGACCUGGAGCCCCCGGAGCCCACCAAGCCGCCCACCCCCGACCCCCUGCAGGUCAUGGGCGACCUGCACCGCCGCACCCACCUGCUCCAGAACCACGACCGCACCUCCUACUUCGUGCGCACCAAAGCCGGGGCGCUGUGCUUCCGCCAGGGGACCGAGGUGGCGCCCCCCUCUGGUAGUCAGGCCAACAACAACAACAAGGCGCCCGCUAAUAAUCCGUCGACAGCGGCUGGUGCAGGUGCAGGUGCAGGUGCCGCUGCGGCUGGUAACCACGGGCAACGGCAGCUCCUUCAGCAGCCGAUGCUGCAACAGCAGCAGCUCCAACCUCAGCAGCUACAACAGCAACUGCAGCAGCAGCAACAGCAGCAACCACAGCAGCUGCAGCAGCGUCCCGACGUGCAGCAGCAGGCUCAGGUAGCUGCCGCCGCCGCCGGUGGGGGAGCAGCGGCGCCGCACUCGGGCAAGCCCCGGCGCGGCAAGCGGCUGGUGAAGUGCGUGUGCCGACCCGGCUGGCACGGCCCCUACUGCGGCGUGCCGACCAUGGUCUACCACUCCAACUUGCCGACGAAAGAGCGGCUGACGCCGCGGGAGACGCCGCGCCGGGUCAUCAACGCCAUCAAUGUCAACCACGAGUUCGACCUGCUGCACGUCCGCUUCCACGAGCUGGCGGACGCCGUCGACCUCUUCCUGGUCUGCGAGUCGAACUUCACCGCGUACGGCGACCGGCGCACCAUGCGCUUCCUGCGCUUGCUCCUCAACGGGACGUACGACUACAUCCGACACAAGAUUCUCUACGUCUUCCUCAACCACUUCCCCGACGGCGGGCGGCAGGACGGCUGGAUCGCCGACGACUACCUGCGCACGUUCCUGACGCGCAACGGCAUGUCCCGGGUGAUAGGCCUGCGGCCGGACGACGUGUUCAUCAUCAACGACGCCGACGAGAUCCCGGCGCGCGAGGGCGUCCUCUUCCUCAAGCUCUUCGACGGCUGGACGGAGCCCUUCGCCAUCCACAUGCGCAAGUCGCUCUACGGAUUCUUCUGGAAGCAGCUGGGCUCGCUGGAGGUGGUGUCGGGCUGCACCGUCGGCAUGCUCCGCGACGUCUACGACGACGACGGCAUACGCCUCAGGCGGCGCGAGUACUACACCAUGCCCGGCUUCCGCAAGUACGAGAACGACACGGGGCACAUCCUGGUGCAGUGGUCGCUGGGCAGCCCCUUCCACUUCGCCGGGUGGCACUGCUCGUGGUGCUUCACGCCAGAGGGCAUCCACCUGAAGCUGGUGUCGGCCCAGAACGGCGACUUUCCCCGCUGGGGCGACUACGAGGACAAGCGCGACCUGAGGUACAUCCGGGAGCUGAUCCGGACGGGCGGCUGGUUCGACGGCUCCAUGCAGGAGUACCCGCCGUCGGACCCCAAGGAGCACAUGUACGCCCCCAAAUACAUGCUGGACCACUAUGACCGGUACAGGUACUUGCUUGAGAACCCCUACGCCACCUCACCAAGUGGGGGGUAAAGGUGGCCGGCUGGUAGGCCAGGUAGCAGCAUGGGGUUUGUUUUUUUGUGGAAGAUGACUUGCAGAAGAACCAAGGGUGUUAAAGGGUUCCUGGAUGGCCUGGGUUUUGUGGGGGAGGGGUACCAGGGGGAGAAAUCAGUGGAGGGUUGUACAGGACAGUGCCCACCCACCACCCAUCCACGUCCAGCCAGCCCUACUGACAUGCAUGCCCCACCCACUGCUCCACCACUGUCCAAUGACAACAGUGGCUGGGUCUCUCUGCUCCUCCACUGUCCAGUGACUACAGUGGGUGGGGCUUAUUUGUCCACCACUGUCCAAUGACAACAGUGGGUGGGGCUUAUUGGUCCACCACUGUCCAAUGACAACAGUGUGUGGGGCUUAUUGGUCCACCACUGUCCAAUGACAACAGUGGGUGGGACUUAUUGCUCCACCACUGUCCUAUGACAGCAGUGACAACAGUGGGUGGAGCUUAUUACUCCACCACUGCCCAGUGACAACAGUGGGUGGGGCUUAUUGGUCCACCACUGUCCAAUAACAGCAGUGACAACAGUGGGUGGAGCUUGUAGGUCCACCACUGUCCAAUGACAGCAGUGGGUGGGACUGGACGGGACUGGCACAUACCAAAACAGCGCUGGCGCAAGACACUCGUGGGGUAUAACGAACACAUCAACACUUUACGUCUGUAGCUGAUGUUUACUCUGUCUUGCCCAAAACAUCCUCCACCCCACCCCACCCCACCCUAAUUUCACCCCCACAGAGAGACCCGUCACAGCCCUUGUGGUGUGCUGUUGAAUGCUGACGGAUCUACUGUUGUUGUCUUCAGUAUACCCUGCAGCUCUCUCUCUCUCUCUCUUUGUCUGUACAAACAAAAAAAUAAAGGACCAAGUCAUCAAUGUA